UAAAACUGAAAUGUUGAAAACGCGCCAAGAUUCAAAAUCACAAAAAUUCCAAGAAAAACAAACCCUAGUUUUCUUCCCCAAAAUCAAACGCAUUUCCUUUUUUACUUUCAUCUUAAUCACUUCGUCACUUCAUUCUUUCAUUUUAAUUUUGUUAAAUCGAUCUCCAAUUUCUUACCCCAACUCACUAUCACAGUAACCCCCAUCAGCACUCCGCAGUAGCUAUCGUCGCUGCUCACUCUGUCAGUAGCUUGCGGCGGCACAAUUCACUCCGUCAUAGCUCAGUUCACUCUUUCGAUGAGUUAAGUGAAGUGCGGAAGCAGCAGGCAGGAGGAUAUGAAUACUAAGUACUAUGAUAUCGAUGAUAUUAUUAUGGAGGAAGAGACUGUGUCAGUUAUAUUUCAGAAGACUGCAUCUGGGGUGGGAAUAGAUCCCAGUUCUGAAAAGGACUUUAUUGAAACUGGUUCAAAAGUUGAAUUGCCCUUUUGGCUUGCUCAUGAGUUACAGAUGAGACAGGCAGUAUCAGUCAACAUUCCCUCUUGUUUUGAUAAAACAACAAGGCUAGAGAUCCAAGCUGAUUCGGCCGGUGUGGAUCUGAGGUCCAGAUGUCCAUUCUUUUAUGAGUUUGGUUGCAAGAUAGCACCCGUAGUUGGCGACCGAACCAUUGGGUUUCUGUUGUUGUCUGCUUUUAAGAGUAGGUACAAGGAAAUUCUCACGAAGGCCCAUUCUGUAGCAUUUGCUGCUGGUUCCAAAUUUUGGUCUAUUCUGACAAAAGAAGAGAUCAACUUGUAUGAGACAGCUCAAUCCGAAAUGGCAUCCUUCAAAAAGUGGCGAAUGGGAGGGCCCAGAUUUCAGAUAGCUUCUGUUCUGGGAAAAAAGAGAAAAUCCACUGAAUAGUUGCUUUGCUUUAAACCUUGUGAGGGGAAGAUUGUAGCACCGUGGCAUGUCAGAAUUGGGUCUUUGAGAAGUUGGAUUUUUACCUUAUAUAGUUGUUGUUCUAACAUGAAUUUGGUCUUGUAACUAGAAAAGCAAAAGGGACGUGGAAUUUGGCUCUUUGAAUAUUGAAUUCCCACUGUGAACAGUAAAAAGUGUUAACUGGAUAAAUAAAAUCUAGAUACAUUAGAAAAA